CUCUGUGUAGUCUGUAAAGCUUACACGAGGAUUUUCUUGCUCCCUCUCUUUUUCUCUCUAUGAUAAUAAUGUCUCUCACACCAUUCCCUUCGGCCUUCUGUCUAUCUGUUUACACCUCUCUUUCGUUUCUUUUGGCUCUAUUUACUUACCCUCUCUCGAUGAUAACGACUUGAAAGUUGAAACCCACCUCAAAAAAGAAACAAAAUAUUCUCAAAUUAUUCCCUUCUAAGCCUACUGUCUUGCUCAUGUUAAGGGUCACUUCUCUCUCUCUUUUUGUAUGUUUCUUUUGAGUGGCCGUGAAGGUGUGUCAUUCAGCUGGUGCCCCGUCCUGAUGCGUGUUCCUUGGCCUGAUGGGUUCUUUUACAUUCAGCAGAAGUGAGAUCAAUAUGGUGAUAGACAGUGACAUUUUAUUUAUUGUUUACUUUAUCGUCUUUCUUGACACUUGGUUCUGUUAAUGUGGCUUGAUUUUCUUUAACAACACAAUGCAGGUGACCUCAACUUUUUGUUUUGUUUUGGUGUGAGCGUAUGCCUGGAGAUAAGUACAACUCGUCUUCGUCUCACAUCCCUCUCUCUCGAAUAGAACGGCUCUUGAGAGAAAGAGAGCUUAGAGAGAAGAGGAGGAGCAACCGGGCUCGUAAUCCAAAUGAAGCUGUUGGCAGUUCUGAAAACUCUGACAACGACCUACGUCUAGAAGGGGACAGUUCAAGGCAAUAUGUUGAGCAGUACUUGGAAGGUGCUGCUGCUGCGAGGGCGCAUGAUAAUGUGUGUGAGAGGCAAGAAGUAAGGCCUUAUAACAGGCAACGGCUGCUUGUAGUGGCUAACAGGCUCCCAGUUUCUGCGGUGAGAAGAGGUGAAGAUUCAUGGUCUUUAGAGAUCAGUGCUGGUGGUCUAGUUAGUGCUCUCUUAGGUGUAAAGGAGUUUGAGGCCAGAUGGAUUGGAUGGGCUGGAGUAAAUGUGCCUGAUGAGGUUGGGCAGAAGGCACUUACCAAAGCUUUGGCUGAGAAGAGGUGUAUCCCUGUGUUCCUUGACGAAGAGAUUGUUCAUCAGUACUCUAAUGGCUAUUGCAACAACAUUCUGUGGCCUUUGUUUCACUACCUUGGACUUCCACAAGAAGACCGGCUUGCCACAACAAGAAGCUUUCAGUCCCAGUUUGCUGCAUACAAGAAAGCAAAUCAAAUGUUUGCUGAUGUUGUAAGUGAACACUAUGAAGAAGGAGAUGUUGUCUGGUGCCAUGAUUAUCAUCUUAUGUUCCUUCCUAAAUGCCUUAAGGAAUACAACAGUAAGAUGAAAGUUGGAUGGUUUCUUCAUACACCAUUCCCUUCUUCUGAGAUACACAGAACACUUCCUUCACGUUCAGAGCUUCUUAGAUCAGUUCUUGCUGCGGAUUUAGUAGGUUUCCAUACAUAUGACUAUGCAAGACACUUUGUGAGUGCAUGCACUCGUAUACUUGGUCUUGAAGGAACACCUGAAGGAGUUGAGGAUCAAGGCAGGCUUACUCGAGUAGCUGCUUUUCCCAUUGGUAUAGAUUCUGAGAGGUUUAUACGAGCACUUGAAGUCCCUGAUGUCAUACAAAACAUGAAGGAGUUGAAAGAAAGAUUUGCCGGCAGGAAGGUGAUGUUAGGUGUUGAUCGGCUUGAUAUGAUCAAAGGGAUUCCUCAAAAGAUUCUUGCAUUUGAAAAAUUCCUAGAGGAAAACGCAAGCUGGCGUGAUAAAGUGGUGUUAUUGCAAAUUGCAGUACCAACAAGAACAGAUGUCCCUGAAUAUCAAAAACUCACAAGCCAAGUUCAUGAGAUUGUGGGAAGAAUUAAUGGUCGUUUUGGGACACUUACUGCAGUUCCAAUACACCACCUGGAUCGUUCUCUGGACUUUUAUGCUUUAUGUGCACUCUAUGCCGUCACAGAUGUUGCACUUGUUACAUCUUUGAGAGAUGGGAUGAACCUUGUCAGUUACGAGUUUGUUGCUUGCCAAGAAGCCAAGAAGGGCGUCCUCAUUCUCAGUGAAUUUGCAGGUGCUGCACAAUCUCUAGGUGCUGGAGCCAUUCUUGUGAAUCCUUGGAACAUUACAGAAGUUGCUGCCUCCAUUGGGCAGGCCUUAAACAUGUCACCUGAAGAAAGAAAGAAAAGACAUAGGCAUAACUUCCAUCAUGUUAAAACUCAUACCGCUCAAGAAUGGGCUGAAACUUUUGUGAGUGAACUAAAUGAUACUGUAAUAGAGGCUCAACUAAGAAUCAGCAAAGUCCCACCUGAGCUUCCACAGAAUGACGCGAUUCGACUGUAUUCAAAGUCAACCAACAGGCUACUGAUCCUGGGUUUCAAUGCAACAUUGACUGAACCAGUGGAUAAUCAAGGGAGAAGAGGAGAUCAAAUAAAGGAGAUGGAUCUUAAUCUACAUCCAGAGCUAAAAGAACCAUUAAAGGCAUUAUGCAGUGAUCCAAGUACAACCAUAGUUGUCCUGAGUAGAAGCAGCAGAAGCGUUUUGGACAAAAACUUUGGAGAGUAUGAUAUGUGGUUAGCCGCAGAGAAUGGGAUGUUCCUAAGGCUUACAAAUGGAGAGUGGAUGACUACAAUGCCAGAACACUUGAACAUGGAAUGGGUUGAUAGUGUAAAGCAUGUUUUCAAGUACUUCACUGAGAGAACACCAAGGUCACACUUUGAAACACGUGAUACUUCGCUUAUAUGGAACUACAAAUAUGCAGAUAUUGAGUUCGGGAGACUUCAAGCAAGAGACCUGUUACAACACUUAUGGACAGGUCCUAUUUCUAACGCAUCAGGUGUUGUCCAAGGAAGCCGCUCUGUGGAAGUUCGUGCUGUAGGUGUGACCAAGGGAGCUGCAAUUGAUCGCAUUCUAGGAGAGAUAGUGCAUAGCAAGUCCAUGACCACACCCAUUGAUUAUGUCUUGUGCAUUGGCCAUUUCUUGGGGAAGGACGAAGAUGUGUACACUUUCUUUGAACCAGAACUCCCAUCAGACAUCAUCCCAGCCAUUGCACGGUCCAGACCAUCAUCUGAUAGUGGUACCAAAUCAUCAUCAGGAGACAGAAGACCACCUUCAAAGUUGAUACACAACAACAAAAGCGGUUCAAAGUCUUCAUCCUCAUCUAACUCUAACAACAACAAGGCUUCACAGAGAUCUCUUCAGACAACAGAGAGAAAAAGUGGGUCCAACCAUAGCUUAGGGAACGCAAGACGUCCUUCACCAGAGAAGAUCUCAUGGAACGUGCUUGACCUGAAAGGAGAGAACUACUUUUCUUGUGCGGUGGGUCAUACCCGCACCAGUGCUAGAUAUCUUCUUGGCUCACCUGAUGAUGUUGUUGGCUUCCUAGAGAAGCUCGCUGACACGUCGGUUCCUAAUUCAUCAUCUGCAUCUUAGAAUCUUAGAAGGUGCCAAGUGAGAGCUCUUGUAACUCAAGAAGUCAUUGUUUUGUAACAAUAAGUAACCAUUGACCAGAUUCCUUUAGUGGUUUUGAUCUAAUAUAAUAAAGAGUAGAGCAAGUGAUGAACAAAGAACAA